UCAAGAUUAUCUCAUUCUCGCGCCGAUCGUCGGCGCGCGCGCACGUGUCCUAGUUCCCCAUUUUUUAUUACUUUACCGGAAUCUGUGUCGUGUAGUGUAUAAACAAUAAUCAAUACCCAUCGGUUAACAGUUAAAUAGUUGUGUUGUUUGUGUAGUUAAAAAAUGCGCCGUAUCAAAAUGAAUUUGGACCCCGAUUUGGGUGAUUUAGAAGAAAUGUUAGCACAUGUACAAAAUCAGUUAGAACACGAAAUCGAUCUAGAAAAAGAGUCUAAGAUAUCAUCAGUUGUUAACGUGCAAGAGUCACCAAAACCUAUGAAGAAAAAUCCAAUGAAAUCGGACACUUUUAUAUACCGUCGCCAAGCACCACGGCCACCUUUAACAAGGAUGAACAGUGAAAUAAAUAGCAACGAAUCUCCAGGUGAAGAGAGGAAACAUUACGAGAGUUUACGUGGAUCACAGAGUAGUUUGAAAUCAGAUGAUGCAGUAUCACAAAUCUCAUUCCAGUCUUUUCGUUCGGAGCCAGUUCAGAGACUAUCGUUGUUCAACAUGUCUGAUAAAAGAGUGUCAUCAUCUUCUCUCAAUGGUAAAGGAAGAACAGCAACUUUACCACGUGGAUAUGGUUCUACGAAGGAUAAAUGGGAAGACUACUGGGCAUAUGAGCAGUCGAUAAGCAGUGCGCGUGCAUCAGUUAUGGUGUACGACGAUCACGCGAAGCGCUGGAUUCCAUCCGGAUCCAGCUCGGGCCUCUCCAAGGUCCACAUCUACCACCACACGCAGCACAACACCUUCCGCGUCGUCGGCAGGAAAUUGAACGAUCAUGAGGUGGUAAUUAACUGUGGUAUAGUCCGCGGUCUCAAAUACAACCAGGCUACAGCUACGUUCCACCAAUGGCGAGAUGCGCGACAAGUCUACGGUCUCAAUUUCUCCUGUCGCGAGGAUGCUGACAGCUUUGCACGGGCCAUGAUGCAUACGCUUGAGAUUCUGGCGAAUAAAGUGACUAACAACUCUGCCCCGCCCCCCGCGCCGCCCAACCCGCCCGCCUACAACGGCCACGCCCACUACGACGAGGACAUGGGGUACAGAACGAUGACACGAGAGGACGCGGCGAUGCUUCAACAGCCUCAGUACCAUGCUCCUCACAUUCAACACAAUCCACAACAAGUACAUCAACCUAUACAACAGUAUCACCAACCGAGCCAAUAUCAUGCACCUCAUCAACAUCAUCAGCAGGUGGUGGGGCAGAGUCCUAGUGUGGGGAACAGCGCUCCCCCCGCACCGCCGCCGCACGCCGCAGCCGCAGCCGCACACACGUUGCCGCACGCACCGCACCCACACCACGCACCGCCCGGACACCACCGCACCAGCAGCGCUCCAAUGCCCCCCAACAUGUCGUUGUCGACGGUCAGCGCCCCACCCCCUGUACCCCCACAUCAGAAUUUGCCCGCCCCCGCUAAUGGACCAAUGCAAGGUCCGGUGGCGCCCCCCACACCGCCAGCAGCACCACAGCCACCCCCAAUGCAACAACCACAACAGCAACAGCAGGUGGCCCCGCAGCCUCCCGCUGCCCCGGCCCCGCCCCCUGCAGCGCCUGCACCCCCGCCCCCACCACCACCGCCAGGCCCCGCAGCCGCCUCGCCCCCGCCCCCGCCGCCCCCUGCACCCCCAGCACCACCUGCAGACCCAACAGGCUUUGCGGCGCAGCUGCAGCAGGCCAGGCUCAAGAGACAGGCCAAGCAAGCGGCAGCUCCAGGUGGUACAGACUCUUCCCCACCGGGAGCAAGCGCUGCAGGCGGGGCUGCGGGGACUGGAGGGGCGGAGCACUCGGGCUCCUCCUCCUCCUCAGGGUCUGGUCGUGCUGCGGGCACGCUGCACUGCAUGAUGCACGAGAUGGCGCGCACGCUGGCACGCCGCCGCGCACAUCUUGACAAAGCUGAGGAGUCCUCCGCAGACAACUCUGCGACAUCAACACCACUCAAGACAUGGGAGAGAUCAGCAACACUACCACAUAGACUUCCAGCUGCUUGUAAUGGCAACACUCCGAAUUCAGAAUCACCCCAACAACCGCCGCAGUCUCCGCGCUCCGUACGAAAGCGCUUUGGUUCUGCCAGCGAGGAAACCAUACUUAAGCAGGUGAACGGUGGUGGUGAAGGUGGCUGUGUGUCCGCGGCUGAGUGGGACGCCUUCAAGCAGGAUGUCCUGCGCGAGAUGCGCACUCAGCUCAAUCAGAUCAAGAAGGAGAUACUAGAUGCAAUGAAGGCGGAAUUCGCGCGCAGGUAAAGGCGGGGCGAGCGCCGAGUGAAACUAGUCUGCCUGACAGCGGUGAACAUUUAUUUUG